UUUGUAAUAACGCCAUUACUGAGCAAUAAACAGAGACAGCGAGAACAAAGAUGGAUCUUUCAUACCCAGCAGGAGCAGGAGCAGGAGGAAGCUGGACAAUGAUACCCAACAUGCCAUCCCAGAAUAACUCCCCUGUACCCCAUUCAAAUCAAGAUCAAUUUUAUCUCCAACAACAGCAGCAGCAGCAGCAACAACAACCGCCGCCAAUUAAUCAAUUUCAGCAGCACCAUCAGCAACAGCAGCAGCAGCAAUUUCAACAGCAGCAGCAACAGCAGCAGAUUCUAUUUCAACAGCAGCAACGUUUACUUCAACAGCAACAGCAACAGCAGCAGCAGAAUCAGCAUCACCAGUCACUCGCGUCGCGGUUCCACCUUUUACAUCUGGUCGAGAAUUUGGCGGAAGUUAUCGAUAAUGGAAGCCGAGAUCAGCACUCUGAUGCUUUGGUUAAUGAGUUGAACAGUCACUUUGAGAAGUGCCAGCAGCUGUUGAAUUCUAUUUCCAGUUCUAUUACCACCAAAGCUAUGACUGUUGAGGGACAAAAGCGAAAGUUGGAGGAAAGUGAGCAAUUGUUGAAUCAACGGAGAGGCCUAAUAAGCAAGUAUAAAAACUCUGUUGGAGAACUUGUCAAGUCCAAACCAUGAUUGUUGCUAACCGCUGCACAACGUCUAAAUGACGGCCAGAAAUUCUGAAACCACAGAUCCGAAUCGGAUUCAGAUUCGUUUUGUGCUAUGUUCUAGAAGGAUAUUUUAAUUCCAAUGCUCCCUUUGUAACAUUUUAGUUGGAAGCUAGAAUUGAUGGAUCAACCCUUCUGUCAAGUGUUGCAUCGAUGAUAUAGACAUGACAGUCUAUUUCUUGUACAUCAUCAUUUGAGUAACAUUCAAUUACAGUAUUCUUCUACAA